UAUCCACGUCAAGUCUGCCCCCAUCCAGAUCGACAGCCCCUCCUAUCCGCCGCACUCUCCCGACCAACACCCAGAAUGGAUUCUACCACCUCAAAGCCCCAGAUCGACGAAGGACUGUACUCGAGACAGCUUUAUGUCCUGGGCCACGAUGCCAUGCAAAAGAUGAGCACCUCCAACGUCCUCAUUGUUGGACUAAAGGGCCUUGGUGUCGAAAUUGCCAAGAACGUCAUUCUUGCCGGUGUCAAGUCCGUAACCCUGUACGAUCCGGCCCCGGUCCGAAUCGGCGAUCUGUCUUCGCAGUUCUUCCUUCGUGCUGAGGAUGUCGGCAAGAACCGUGCUGCCGUCUCGGCUCCUCGUCUCGGCGAGCUCAACAACUACGUGCCCGUGUCCGUCCUGGAAGGAGACCUGACGAGCGAAGCUCUGGAGCGAUUCCAGUGUGUCGUCGUGACCGACACUCCUCUGAACAAGCAGCUGGAGAUCAACGACUUUACCCACAGCCGCAACAUUCGAUUUAUCUCGGCCGACACUCGUGGCCUCUUUGGCUACACCUUCAACGACUUUGGCACCAACUUCAACGUCGUCGAUCAGACCGGCGAGGAGCCCAUCACCGGCAUGAUUGCCGGCAUCUCCAGUGACAAGGAAGGCAUCGUUGCUUGUCUCGAAGACCAUCGCCAUGGUCUCGAGGAUGGCGAUGUCGUGACGUUUACCGAGGUUCAGGGCAUGAACAUCAACGGUGUCCAGCGAAAGAUCACCACCAAGGGCCCCUAUACCUUUGCCAUCGGCGAUACCGCUGACCUGGGUACCUAUGUCAACGGCGGUAUCUACACUCAGGUCAAGCAGCCCAAGAUCCUCAAGUUUAAAUCUCUCCGCGAAAGUCUGGAGAGCCCCGACUAUGUGAUCUCGGACUUUGCCAAGUUCGAUCGCCCCGCCCAGCUGGAUAUCUGUUUCCAGACCCUGGAUGCCUUCUGGAACAACCGAAAGAGCUUCCCCCGCCCCAUGAAUGCGCAGGAUGCCGACGAGUUCUUUGCCCUCGCCAAUGAGAUCAACAAGCGCGCCAAGGAGCCUGCCGAGCUCGACGAAAAGCUCAUCAAGGAGUUUGCCUUCCAGGCCACCGGCGACAUUCCUCCCAUGAACGCCGUUCUUGGCGGCCUGGUUGCCCAGGAAGUUCUCAAGGCUUGCAGUGGCAAGUUCCACCCGAUUCACCAGACCUUCUUCUUUGACUCCCUCGAGAGCUUGCCCAAGGACGUCGUCCGCACCGAGGAGAGCUGCAAGCCUCUUGGCAGCCGCUACGAUGGCCAGAUUGCUGUCUUUGGCCGCGAGUUCCAUGAACGCAUCACCAAUGUCCGCCAGUUCCUGGUCGGCGCUGGUGCCAUCGGCUGCGAGAUGCUCAAGAACUGGGCCAUGCUCGGCAUUGGAAGCGGACCCGAGGGUUGCAUCUACGUCACCGACAUGGACACCAUCGAGAAGAGCAACCUGAACCGCCAGUUCCUGUUCCGCCCCCGAGAUGUGUCCAAGCUCAAGUCGGAGACCGCCGCCGAGGCCGUCGUGCGCAUGAACCCGGAUCUCCAGGGCAAGAUCCGCUCGUUCUCUGACCGUGUCGGCCCGGACACCGAGCACAUCUUCAACGAUGACUUUUGGGAGUCGCUUACCGGCGUCACCAACGCCUUGGACAAUGUCGAUGCCCGUCGAUACGUUGACCGACGAUGCGUCUACUACCGCAAGCCGCUUCUCGAGUCCGGCACCCUUGGCACCAAGGGCAACACUCAGGUCGUUCUGCCCCACGUCACCGAGUCGUACUCGUCCUCCCAGGACCCUCCGGAAAAGUCCAUCCCCAUCUGCACGCUCAAGAACUUCCCCAACGCCAUCGAGCAUACAAUCCAGUGGGCCCGCGACCAGUUUGAAGGCCUCUUCCGCAGCCCCGCCGAGAGCGUCAACUUGUAUCUCAGCACGCCUGACUUUAUUGAGCAAACCAUGAAGCAGAGUGGAAGCCAGAAAGAAACCUUUGAGAACAUCCUGAGCUUCCUGGUGACGGCCAAGCCUCUGACCUUUGAUGAGUGCAUUGCUUGGGCUCGCCUCAAGUUCGAGGAGUACUUCCACAACAACAUUCUCCAGCUUCUCUACAACUUCCCCAAGGACGCCAUCACCUCCUCUGGCACGCCCUUCUGGUCCGGCCCCAAGCGCGCCCCCGAUGCCAUUGUCUUUGAUGCCAACAACUCCCUGCACAUGGACUUUAUCAUCACUGCCGCCAACCUUCAUGCCUUCAACUACGGAAUGAAAGGCAGCACCGAUGUGGCCUACUUCAAGCGUGUCCUCGAAAACAUCAUUGUGCCCGAGUUUUCGCCCAAGCAGGGAGUCAAGAUCCAGGUCCAGGAAAAUGAGAAUGUCUCCCAGCAGACCGAUACCGGCGACUUGGAGGCCGUUGUGAAGGCCCUUCCUCCCCCUUCAAGCCUUGCCGGCCUUCGCCUCACCCCGGCCGAGUUCGAGAAGGACGACGACACAAACUUCCACAUCGACUUCAUCACGGCCACCUCCAACCUGCGUGCCUCCAACUAUGGAAUCGCCGUCGCCGACCGCCACAAGACCAAGUUCAUUGCCGGCAAGAUCAUUCCUGCCAUUGCAACCACUACGGCCCUCGUGACGGGUCUCGUUUGCUUGGAGCUGUACAAGAUCAUUGCCGGUAACACCAAGAUCGAGGACUACAAGAACGGCUUUGUCAACCUGGCCCUGCCCUUCUUUGGCUUCUCUGAGCCCAUUGCCGCCCCCAAAUUCAAGUACUACGACAACUUCUUUACGCUGUGGGACCGCUUCGAUAUCGUCGGAGACAUCACCCUCAACCAGCUGAUCGAGCUGUUCCAGAAAGAGCACAAGCUGGAGAUCACCAUGCUCUCGAGCGGCGUCAGCAUGCUCUUCACUUCCUUCAUGCCCAAGAAGAAGCUCGAGGAGCGAAAGGACUUGCCCAUCUCCAAGCUUAUCGAGUUGGUUUCUCGCAAGCCCAUUCCCUCGCAUGUGCGCGCCGUUGUCCUCGAAGUCUGUGUCAACGACACUGAGGGAGAAGAUGUCGAGGUUCCCUACCUCCGUGUUGUCAUCAAGCCCUGAGCUUGUCGGUUGUCUCAGGCCGGGCAACAUAGUCGCCUUAGUGGAUGCAUCCCCACGCAACCCUACAAUACGACUCGCUCGUUCGCCAGAAACAAACCACGCGGGCAGCGAGAGCAUUUCAAAUAUCCUGUUUGAAGCGUUUACUUGAGUGAAUACAGCUCUGUGCAACAAUUUGCACCCAAACGAC